AAGUACACUUCGUAAAGAUGUUUUAACGGUGAUUCUCUUUUGUUUAUUAUCUUCUAUGAACUUGAUCAUUGUCUUUUCUACUGUAUGAUAAUGACAUCUACCAUUAUGAAACCACUUGUAACACACAUAUGGCUAUUGCUAUCCCUGCUACAUUUCCCAUCCCAGUCACGAUGUUGGUACAUGUAACAACUCAACAGCAAUGUUGCUUCCAGAAUAUGUGCCAUCAAUGGUAUUUUGUGUGUUGACUGUGUGAGCAAUUCUUUGAUAAAACUCUUAGCUUACACAAAGAUAUCUAUCUGCAUCUUUUGAACGGCUAAUUAAACAUCCAUUUAUGUAUUUGCUGAAUUUUAUAAACAUAAUAUCUACAAAAUCAAAAUCAUCCUUGCUAACAGGAUUUUACACGUGGAUUAUUGAAGUGAAACAGUGAUUUCCAAGAUGACUACGGAAUACUGUCGACAAAUGCUACGGGUUGUUGUGGCCCAAAUCUGCCAACAUCUAGGAUGGCAUUCUACCAAUUCCACUCCACUUGAAGUUCUUACUGAUGUGACAGAGCGAUAUAUUCUUGAUGUUAGUAAACUAACUCACCAGUAUGCUGAACAGUAUGGACGCACAAAAGUGAAUUUGAAUGAUUUAGGUUUGGCCUUCCGUACGAUGGACAUUAGUAUAAGUGAAUUAGAAGACUACAUCAAACAUGUUGAUGCUUUUCCAUUUGAGAAAGAAUUAGUGGUGUUUCCAAAGCCCAAAAAAACCAAGUUAGGAUUUCCUAACCCAAAGAGCCGUGAGAUUUACCAUCGAGAAGAACAUAUUCCUCAUUACUUGCCUUAUAUGUUUCCUGGUAUGGAAGAUGAAGUUGAGGCUGAAGAGGAAGUAUCUCCUCCUCCAUCAGAAACUCCAGCAGCUCAGGCUGGAAACACAACUCCAGUAUCGCUUCCCAACUCUCAAGAAGCAAAAACUAGUGAAAGCCUUUCUGAGACAAGUCCAAACUUAAGAACUGGUGAGAAAAGGCUCCUUAAUAGUCCAACAGAUGGACAAGUAUAUAAAAGACAAAGGUUGACCAAUAAUAAUUUGCCUGAAGAAGCUGGACAUUCGCAGUAUGAAAUGACUGGUGUGAAGAUGUUGCCUUCUGGUUUAUUAUCCCCUAUGAAGAAUGAAGGAAAGCUUCCUGAUGCUUCUCUUCCACAGAUUUUUACACCUGUUGAGAAAAAGAAAGAACCUGUUGUUAAAGAAAUUCCAAAGAAAAUUGUGGCUGGAGUGACAGGUGAUGGUUCAAAAUUAGAAGAUAAAGAAAACAUCACAGUGAAAAAGACCAACAGUAAUCAAAAGGAUCCGGGAAAAGUCAAUCCUACAAAAACACCUGUGAAAUCUAUCAGUAAAAAUAGUUCUAAUCUUCCUCCAAAUAAAGCAGUGAAAAAAAAUUCAAUUGCUAAAGGAAAAAUCACUAAAAUAACAAAGAAAUCAGCUAACAGAACUGCGGUAGCAGCCAAAUCAUUAAAAGGAAAAGUAAUAAAUAAAAACUCUGUGAAGAAUGCAUCUAAUAAAAGCUCAGCAAAGAAUGUAUCUAAUAAAAACUCAUCUAAAACUGAUGGGCCACCUCCUGGAAGUCCAGGAAGUUGCUUGAAAGAGCUUUUGCUUCAUCCAAAAGCAGAAAAGAGUAAGACAACAAAAGGUGAUAAGAAGCUUCCUUAUUCUUCAUCCCCUUCUAUUAAGGCUGGUGGUACUCCUGUUAAAGUACCAAGUAAUUUAUUAAUGCCUGCCAAUGCAAUGGCAAUGUCUAAGAGCUUACAUUCACUUCAAGAUGAUGAUAGUUCAACAGAUGAAUCACCAGAGCCACGUCUUAUUAUUGCCGAGUCAGAUCCAAAACCCAAAGAAAAAGGUGAUUCAAAGUGGGGAAAAUCUGCCAAGUAUGAUAGUAUUCAAGGUGGUGGUAAGAAAGGAGAACAAGCAGCUCAGGACAAAGGUAAAGCUGGUACAACAAGCACUGGGCCUAAAGAAAAGAAAACAGCAGCACAAAAGAAAAAGAAGGAACCAGUCAAAAGAAGUACAUCAGAAAGUAUUGAUGCUUGCAUCAACACAGUGGUGCGCAACUAUAGUGCUGCAGCCACCCGAGAGAGAAAACAGAGGGAGCUUGAUGCAAUACCCAAGACAGACGCAGAUGCAUUGGUUGCUGCUGCGACUGCUGCUGUUGUGUCUGCAGCUGCAGCAGCCACAGCAUCUUCAGCGGCUCUUAAUUCAACUGCUGUUUCUAAACCUUGUGUUAAAUCUGAAAGCCUAGAACCAAUUAAGAAAGGUGACAAAAAGCCACAAAAGAAGAAGAAAAAUGUGACAAAGGAAAAAGUAAAGAAAUUGAAAGCAAAAACUGUUGAUGAACUAAAUGACAAAGAAAAUGCUGAAGUGCCUGAUAAACUCAAGGAGAAACUGCAACAAAAUGUCCAACACCAGAACUCACCUGGUCCUGACAGGACUCCACUUGCUUGUCCUGAUAGAUAUGCUUCAGAAGCUUGGAAAAUCUAUGAUUUUGAUGGCAGUCCACCUAUGUCACGUUGCUGUUCAUCACCAACUCAAGGUACCUCUUCCCUUAGUGUAUCACCUUCUCCUAAGCAGAUGUCACCUAUAGUUAUGGAUUCACUCACUCUGCUUUCAACAGCUGCAACAAGUGCAGCAAAUGCAGCCAUGGGAAUGCUUCCUUCAACUCCAUUUAUGCCUACAGAUUCCAGUAAUAUGUCAAUGCAAGAUACUGACCUUUCACAGCUUAAAAUGAAAAUUGGGCUCAAGAAAGGUGGCAAAGGGAAAAUAAAAUCGAAGCUGAAAUCAAAGAUAAAAGAACACAAGAAGGAAAAGAAAGACAAAAAGAAAGACAAGGAGAAAAAGAAGAAAACAAAAGAAAGAGAAGAGAAAAAGCAAAAGGAUAAAGAACGAAUCAAAGAGGAUAAUUAUCAGUGUACUGUUGUUCCACAGGAUGGUCAAAUAUCAACACCACUUUCAGUGCCACGGCUCAAGUUAAACAUCAAACUUGGCAGUAGUACACCUGUUGCAGUAGCAUCUGAUGAAGGAAGUAAUAAACCUGCUCCACCACCUGUUUCUCUCUCUAUUACUGAACGUUCACCUAGCAAUGCCGCUAAACGAGAGCCACCUCAGUCACCAUCUUUAUCAAGACCUGAAAUUCCAAGGCUGGUUAUCAGAACUCCAAUGCCACCAACAGUUACAACUCCACCAGCAGUUCUGUCUCCUCCAAUAGCUCAUCCGGCAAAAGCAGAAAAGAACCCCAAACCAGAGAAGCCAACACCUAAAACUAAACCUGCUCCUAAAAAGAAAGCUGUUGUUAAGAAACCUGCAGUGAAAAAGGCUGACAAGAAAGUGGUUAAGAAAGGUCCAAAAAUGGCAGCAUAUCCUCUUAACAAACGGGAAUCUUUUUCACCACCAAUGAUGCCAUCUGAAUUUCCUGAACAAGAUAAGCUACUAAGUGGAUCAAAACAAAUGAUGUACCCCAAUGUAGGAGAAAUGCAUCCUCCUAUAAUGAAACCAGAGAAGCAAGUUCCAGUUAAACCAAUGAUGAGAGCAGCUGAUAGGGUAAUGAUGCCAACAAGUCUUGAUAAGACAGCAAUGAACAUAGCAGGUGGAGCUCUUUUCAAAGAAGAAAUGAGUUUUACAAAGGUGAGCAAUAUUUCCCCAAGGACCACUGCUAAAGCUGGGAGAGGUAAAGGAACUAAGGGCAGCAAGGCCAAUAAACCUGUCAUGACAAAAACUGAGAAACUCCCUGCUAAAGUCAAGUCAGAAAGAGUGGCCAGCAAAACAAAGACUCCAUCAAAAGUAGAGAAGGCACCUAUGACAAAAGUGCCUGUUACUGCUGCUGAUAUUGCUGUUGCUUCAAGAACACCUGUGACAAGGGUAACUCCUACAGCAAAGAUGCCUAUCAUGAAACCUGAAAAAGCAAUUCUAACAAAAGAAAAACCAAUUAUGAAAAUCAACAGACCUCCAAAUAGACUGGGACGACCCCCAAAAGUAGAGGUUCCUUCAUCACCACCACCAACUAUUCCUUAUCCAUCAUCUCCUUCACACAAAUCUCAUCUAUCCUCAUUACCAAUCGCACACCCACUUACACACCCAUUUAAUCCUCUACUACCAUCCGUCUCCACUCCUAUUGCUAACAUGUCUCGACCAAGUUCCAUUCCUGUCCCAACACCUAUCUCUAAACUUCACACUCCACCUGUACCUAAAGUUCAGCCCACUCCUAAAGUGACUCAAAAAUCUCAUACAGGCAGAGGUGGGAAAACUGGAAGACCAUCAAGAUCAGCUUCUAAGAACCCCCAAAAUUCAAAAACUGGCAUGUCAGCUAUUACAUCUUUUAAAGAAAAUCUAACAGAUUCCAUCCGAGCGCAACCUGAAAAUCUGUUGACACCUCCACUACUACCUUCACCUUUAACACAAGAGCAGUUCUUAAAAGCAGAAAAUCCAGCCUUUAAUACUGGUCAAAUGACGACCAGUGUGCAGAUUGCUGGUGCUUCUACACUUGAUCAUGGACCUUUUAUGCUGCCAUUAGAUGCAAAGGGGUCAACAAUGGUUAUGGAACCUUCAGAAAAUUCUGUUCUACUUGGGAAAAGAACUGUUCAACGUUCAGUUUUUGCAGAGACAGUGGGAACAUUCUUUGAUGAAAAUGGACAAAAGGUUUGGAUUUGUCCAGGUUGUGCAUUACCAGAUGAUGGCAGUCCAAUGAUUGGAUGUGACGAUUGUGAUGAGUGGUAUCAUUGGCCCUGUGUAAAUAUAAAAGAAGCGCCUCCAGAACAAGACCAAUGGUUCUGUCCAAAAUGCUUAUUAAAAACCAAACAUAAACCAAAACGAAAACGGAAACGCAGAACAUAUUGAGACUUUGGUUGCCAGAGAUUGGCCAACUCUGUAAAAAAUGAAAAUUAACUGUCAACUUCAAAUUUUAUAAUUCAUUAUUUAAGGACAGAGUGAAGUUGUUUAUUUGAUGUUGUAAAUAAACCUUCGUGUUUACAACUAGUA